AUGUUGCUAUAUAUGCAGCAGACAGUUCGAACGAGUGACACAGAAUCGUUAUCAGAAUACAUGUGGAACAAAACCGAGGCGAUACGAAACAAGACAUUAUCUUCAUAUUUUGUGCAGGGAAUCGCCAACGGAAGUCUUAAUCCGACAGCACUCGGAGGCUACAUGGUGCAAGAUUCGGUCUAUUGUUACGAGGUAAAGCACUCCAUCGAUAUCUCUGUUGAUCGAGCCACCGACGGCGAACUCAAGGAAUAUUUACGAAUGAAGUCGGCGAGUUAUGAAAGAUAUUACAAAGAUUUGUUUAACAAAUGGCGCAUCGAAAGCCCCACAGGUAUCAAUUUAAGCAAGGCUUGUGAGUCCUACGUAGACUACGAGCGAAAGGUCGCCGCCACAGAGGACACCAUCUACAUGAUAGUGGCCAUGAUUCCGUGUAUGAAGUUGUGGCCUUGGCUCGGACAGCAGGUUCAAUCCGUUAAUCAUGGCGUAUACAAUGUGUGGUUCAACGAUAACUUUAAUCCUCAGUUUGACGGGUACAAGAUGCUGGAUGCAUUUGUUGAUGAAGCUGAGACAAAUAUGAGAAUAAACCGGAGUAAAGCUUUACAAGUGUUUACAAGAUGCAUGCAGGGAGAAUACGAGUUUUUCAACUCCGUACAAUACACGAAUCUGACGAUCACCUCACUUCCCGUUCAGGAAAAUGUUACAUCCGAAUGCAAUGUAUUGCACAAAUAA